AUGGAGCAUGACUCACAUACCACGUGGGAAUUCAAUGGCUCCUUCUAUCAGCCUUCAGCUUUCCUCAUGAUGGGCAUCCCAGGCCUGGAAGCCCUUCACCACUGGAUCUCCAUCCCUUUCUGUGCACUCUACUUUAUUGCUCUCUUGGGAAACUGCCUGAUCCUAUUCAUCGUAAAGAAGACCCAAAGUCUUCAUGAACCAAUGUACUACUUCCUCUCCAUGCUGGCAGUCACUGACCUGGGCUUGGUUUUAUGUACAUUGCCUACUACUCUGGGCAUUUUUUGGUUUAAUAUCCGAAGGAUUGGGUUUGAUGCUUGCCUCACUCAGAUGUACUUCAUCCAUAUACUGUCCUUCAUCGAAUCCUCCGUGCUGCUGGCAAUGGCGUUUGACCGCUUCAUUGCCGUCUCUCAUCCACUGAGAUAUCCAUCCAUACUGACCAAGACAACUGUCAUAAAAAUAGGUCUAGCAAUUAUAUUGAGAGGCACGGUCUCCCUCCUUCCCAUACCCUUCUUGCUCAAAAGAUUAAGCUAUUGUGGUAAGACUGAGCUUUCUCAUUCAUUUUGCUUCCAUCCUGAUAUCAUGAACCUAGCAUGUGCAGAUAUAAAGGUCAAUGUCUUCUAUGGUAUGAUUAUUCUCUUAUCAACUGUGGGGAUGGACUUAAUCUUCAUUGUGCUGUCCUACAUCCUGAUCAUUAAAACUGUUAUCAGCCUUGCAACUAAGGAGGAGUGUCUCAAGGCUUUGAAUACAUGUGUCUCCCACAUCUGUGCUGUCCUAAUAUUCUUCAUCCCAAUGAUUGGACUGUCCAUGAUUCAUCGCUUUGGAAAGAAUGUUCCUCCUCUAGUUAAAACUUUGGUGGCCUACACUUACCUUAUAAUUCCCCCUGCUCUCAACCCCAUUAUCUACAGCAUAAAAUCUAGCCACAUCCGUGAGGCUUUGUUCAGGGCACUGUGGAGGAAGAGUGAAUCCGACUGGUAG